AUGAGCAGUCCAAGAUCCUCCGAACAUGCCGAAGGUGGUCAUCCCGAGAACGACUCCAAUGCCGAAGACAACGAUCACGCCGUAUUUGAGCUAGAUUUUACAGAGGGUGAAGACGACGACGAUGACGAAAUAGAUGAAGAUGACAUGGCGCACGAUUUAUUUGAGGAAGAGGAUGAGUUUCACGAUGCUGAAGAGAGACACAUUCAAUUCUUGGUCCAGGAGGAUGAUGAUGAUGAUGAUGACGACGACGACGACGACUAUGAGGAUGGCAACGAAGAAGGGUCGCAAUCACCUAGUACUGGGCAGACUGCCGUACAACAACGUCUAAUUAACCUAAUAAGUAGUCGUCGCACUGGUUUAUUAUCGCAACGUCAGGUCUUAGACUUCCUCCGAAGAUCGAACCUUGGACACCUUGUAUUCGGCGAAGAUGAUGACGAGGACGAAGGAUAUCGGAGACGGAGGCGCGAAUUAGACCCGGACAGAUUUCCUAAGAUUCCAAGCGAUAAAGGAAGAGAGUUGAUGGAUUCCGGUACUUUUGGUGUCAACGACAUAUAUACACCUAUUCUUGCAAAGAAACAGCUAGCUCGCCGGAUAUUGGACCGUGAAUUAGGCAUAGGGAACAGAUCAUCUCGUCAAAUCAACCAAGGCUUGAUGGCCCAGUCUAUGAUUCCUAGCUCGGAUGCUGAGAUGGUAAUCAAUUACGAUGACAAUGUCUAUUCUGGCCAAUUCUCGGACGAUGGUAAUUUCUUUUUUGCAUGUGUGAAGGAUAUGAAGGUCCGGAUGUACGACACUUCUAAUCCUUACAAUUGGCGGCAUUACAAGACAGUACCCUUCACAUUCGGAUCUUGGACAUUGACGGAUGCAUCAUUGAGUCCCGACAAUAAGUGGCUAGCGUACACUUCUAUCCAAAGCAAUGUCUGUCUGGCGCCAACAGAUCCUAACGAUACCGGAGAUCCCUAUAUGUUAAAUUUAUCAUCAUCCGGGAGAGUAGGGUGGCACGGUGACUUCGGUAUCUUUUCGAUUCGAUUUUCUGGUGAUGGGCGGGAGCUUGUUGCGGGAACGAACAAAAAAUCUAUAGUGGUCUAUGACAUUGAGUCCCGGACAGUAUUGCAUUCGAUCGAAGGGCAUGAUGACGAUGUCAAUGCUGUGUGCUUCGCUGAUAAGUCCUCGCCACACAUUCUUUAUUCGGGAAGCGAUGACACCACGAUCAAGGUGUGGGAUAGGCGGAGUAUGGGUGAUGGGCGUGAGGCCGGCGCAUUCGUUGGCCACAUCGAAGGCCUUACGUACAUUGAUAGUAAGAACGACGGAAGGUAUCUGAUAAGCAACGGAAAGGAUCAGAGUAUGAAACUAUGGGAUCUCAAGAUGAUGUAUACGACGGCAAAAUUUCAAGAGUUGAACCCGCGGCGCCACACUCGGUAUAGCGAAUUCGAUUAUCGAUGGGGACAGUUUGAUGACGCAGACUGGUUCCCACACCCAGAUGACAACUCACUCGUCACGUUCCGUGGGCACAAGGUUCUCCGGACACUGAUCCGAUGUCACUUUUCACCCCCUGGAAGCACCAACUCCCGAUACGUGUAUUCGGGUAGCCACGAUGGCAAGGUGUAUAUCUACAAUAUGGAUGCAACGAUCGCUGCAGUCGUCGACGUAAAACAGUCGACAUCUCAAGCUCGGGCUUUACCACAAGAAGGUGGUUCGUUCCGCCAAUUUUAUAACGGUGGACUACCUGGAUGGUCUACAGUUGUGAGGGAUGCGAGUUGGCACCCCAACGCUCCAUUCAUUGCCGCUUCGUCGCUUAAUGGUUGGGAUGAUGCUAUGGGCACGGUCUCGUUGCACUCCUAUAACGAAUCCUCCUUUGACGAGGGAGAACCUCGGAUGGGCGCUGGCUAUGACGAAAAGCUUAGGCCGAUGAGCAUCAGCCGUACUAUCGCCCGGUAUGGCUUAGACCCUGAAGAUGAUGACGAUGAAGACGACGACGAUACUUUUACUUGA